GAGAUCCUGGGAAAGCGAAAUGGAGGGGUGUGUGUCUAACCUAAUGGUCUGCAACCUGGCCUACACUGGGAAGCUGGAGGAGCUGAGGGAGAGCAUCCUGGCCGAUAAAUCCUUGGCUACUAGAACCGACCAGGAUAGCAGAACUGCAUUGCACUGGGCAUGUUCAGCUGGACACACAGAAAUUGUUGAAUUCUUGCUGCAACUUGGAGUGCCGGUGAAUGAUAAAGAUGAUGCAGGUUGGUCUCCUCUUCACAUCGCUGCUUCUGCUGGCCGGGAUGAGAUUGUCAGAGCCCUGCUGGCAAAGGGGGCACAGGUGAAUGCCGUCAAUCAGAAUGGCUGCACUCCCCUACAUUACGCAGCUUCCAAGAACAGACAUGAGAUUGCUGUCAUGUUACUGGAAGGCGGCGCUAAUCCCGAUGCUAAGGACCAUUAUGAGGCGACUUCAAUGCACCGGGCAGCAGCCAAGGGUAACUUGAGGAUGAUUCAUAUCCUUCUGUACUACCAAGCAUCCACAAACAUCCAAGACACUGAGGGUAAUACUCCUCUACACUUAGCCUGUGAUGAGGAGAGAGUGGAAGAGGCAAAACUGUUGGUGUCCCAAGGAGCGAGCAUUUACAUUGAGAAUAAAGAAGAGAAGACACCCCUGCAAGUGGCCAAGGGCGGCCUGGGUUUAAUCCUCAAGAGAAUGGUGGAAGAUUAAGCAGCUGGCAUUUAUCCUUCCUCUGUAUAUUUGCUCUGUUGUCCCCAGUGUCCUGGAAACUUACACCCUUGGGCAUCAGGUAUCCUCUGUGAAUUGUGACGUUUUCUCAUCUUUUAAGUCCGUAUGAACAUGUUGCCUGAUAUUCCUGCUGAGGCACCAGUUUUACAUGCUCACCUUGCCUCCCAGGCAUUUAAUAACUGUCAAGACUAUUGUGUAUUAUUCUGUAUGAAAUCUUGAUUUAUUUGGAACAA